AUGAGGCUCUUCAGCAAACGUCCGGCAUUCCCGGCUCCAUCUCCAGAGCGAACCGAAGAAGAGCGAGCCUUCGUUUUACGACUCGAUAUCUUUCUCCUGACUUUUGGCUGCAUUUCCCAGGUGAUCAAAUACCUGGAUCAACAGAACAUCAACAAUGCCUACGUCUCUGGGAUGCAAGAGGAUCUCAACCUCCAUGGGAACGAACUCAACUACUUCACUACGGCUUUCAAUGUUGCAUACUGCAUCAUGCUCGUCCCUUCGCAGGUGAUAAUGACAUACGUUCGGCCUUCGUGGUGGCUACCGGGUCUGGAGAUCGCCUGGGGCGUCAUGACUGGAUUGAUGGCUAUGGCAACUUCAGCGAAGCAAGUGUACAUUAUUCGGGUCUUUCUGGGGGCAUUUGAGUCGAGCGCAUGGCCUGGUAUGAUGACGCUCUUCAUGCAUUGGUAUACUCCCACGGAACUGGCCAAGAGGAUGGGGUUCUACCAUUCCUGUCAGGCGAUCGGAAACAUGCUGUCUGGGGCGUUGCAGGCUGCUAUUAUGGGCACUAUGGACGGGCAUUCAGGACUUGCUGGAUGGAGGUGGUGAGUUUAUGACAUGCAGUCAACGAUAGGGCAUGUUCUGACGAUAGAGAAAGGCUUUUCGUCGUCAACGCCAUCAUUACCGUGGUCUGGGGUGUCUUUGGAAUCUUUAUGAUCCCGGACUAUCCCAACAAGAGAAAUCCGCAAGCUUUCUGGUUCAGCCGCAAUGACCAAGAACUCGCUAUCUCAAGACUGAUCAGGAACAAGAGGGCAGAGCCAAAGAAAAUCACUUGGGCUGCAGCGAAGCGAUGCUUUUCUUCUUGGGUGGUGUACUUCGUCACGGUGCUCUACGAUGGCAUUGUUCUUGCUACGUACGGCUAUGUCUAUUUUAGCUUGUUCUUGAAAGCGCAGAAGAAGGCCGAUGGGUCUGACAGAUGGUAAGACGAGCUUGCUCCAGGGUUAAAUCUCACUAACGUUCUCCCAGGUCCACGGAGGAAGUCAACAUCAUUCCCGUUGGAGGAGGUGCAAUCAAUGUUGUAUUUGGUAAGAAUUUGGCUCUGGUGAUCCUAGAAGCAAAGGUGGCUAACUCUCGACAGUCUGGAUAUGGGCCAUUUUAUCCGACAUGUUUCAGACUCGCUGGGUUUUUAUUGUAGCGCAGGGUGAGUCCGCAGCACUUUCGCCGGCCCUCACGAUUUUGUCUAACACAUCCUAGGCGUUAUCGGCCUGGUUCCUUGUAUAAUCAUGAGCAUUUGGACCAGCCAUCCCUCUGCUGUACCACUAUCCGCAGCGGUACGUAUCCUGCUCUAGAAGUUCUCAUGUUUACUGAAACUGACUUGUACCAGUAUGCUUCCUACUUCAUCUCAUACAUGACCCUCGGAACCGCACCGCUCAUCAUGGCCUGGCUCUCAGACCUGUAAGCAAGUCCCUUCCACAAACACCAUAAUCGCUCACUCACACGAUAUAUGCAGUAUACCCCAAGAUCCCGAAGUCCGCUCCCUGACGGUAGGCGUCGCGAUCGCCUGUUACUACGCUAUCUCAGCUUGGAGUCAAGUCCUCGUAUGGCCUGCAAGUCAGGCACCGUAUUGUAAGCAACGUCUCUCUCCUCCCCCUUUUUUUCUCUUUUCCCUCAAACAUCUAAUGCCGCAUUCUACAAGAUGAAUACGCCUGGCAAUCCUGCAUCGCCAUCUGGAUCCUCUGCAUCAUCAUGACCUGCAUCCUCCGCUUUGUCGAUGUGAAAUAUCUCCUGCCCAAACGCCUUGCUUUCGCGGCGGGUAUUGAAAGCGGAGAGGUGGAAGUCGCCGGGCAUACCGUUGAUGAUGUGUUGAAGGACGGCGCAAGGAUUGAGAUUGAAGGGCACAACGUCGAUGACGAGGGAUUGAAGAAAUCCGCUCAUGUCAAUGGUAAGGUGGUUGAGGCGAAUAAGAAUGGCGGAGCGCUCGGGUGGGAGUCGUAG